CGACCUCCUAUCCACUACUAUUCACUCCACUGUUGUUGUGUGUACUAUGUAUGCCAUGAUAUCCACGAUCACCACCACUGUUCCACAGUUGGUGCAAUCGGGAUACUAGGAUGCACAGCCCUUCCCGCCUCCCCAUAGACUACACCGUCAAGUUUCCACAAUUGCAUGCCAACCGCCUCCCGGGCCCCCACAGGUUAUGCCAUAUUGUCCACUAUAUUGCGGCGCAUAUCCAUCUCAUUGGAAGACUACACCUGUUGUGUCAUGGAGUCACGUCUUUUUUUGGCCUCGUCGUGUGUCGUACCAUCUAUCGCACAUGCCGCGAGUCAUAACUUCACCCUAUGCGAAAAAGGGUCCACUGCCCAGCUCCGUGUCAGCCUUCCAUCUUCUCCCGCCAUGAUGCCUCGUUCCUCGCUUGUUUCUUCUCAUCGCGGUCCUUUGCCGCCGUCCAACAUAUGCGGCAAUGGACCAGCGUGAUCUCAAUGUGAACAUCAUCGGAGAUCAGUCUUCUUUCUGUGCACGAUGCAGGCCAUUGUGUCUUGACCCCUCUCAAUACCGCUGGCGUGAGCGGACCGAUCCGACAGGGGCCAGCUUUUUGGAAUCGACACCUAUAAUUGAUCAGGAUCCAUAUGAGCGCACGCAGAACAUUCCGUUCAUUCUACACGACUCGCUACCACAGCUUCCACGACUAGAAGAGACGGCAUCAUCAGGAUGUGCUUUUUGUACACUAUUACGAGCGGCAGUACUCUCAAAGCUAUCACAUAUCACACCGGAUUACGCGGACUCUUCAUCAUCGGUCGACGCUCGUUCCCACUGCCAUCUAGAAUUUUCUGAAGCAAAAUAUGAAUGGAUAAGCGCAAAAAGCGUACACUGGGGGGAAAAUGCCAAAUACUGGUAUCUCAAAAGUCUGAGCCUUUAUGGGACAUGUACCACUGUAAACGAACACGCCAGUUCCAAGAAGUUCAACAUCUGUUUCGACGUCAUAAGUCCUCCCAGUAAGUCCUCAGUCGGCGGAGCAGCGAUCGCUGCUGAAUUGAGCGAAUCAGUCCAUGAAGGUGCUCCUCUCGCUAUAUAUCAACGGCCAUUGGUGAGUUCAAUACUGUCCGAUACGAAUCUGAACAUGGUCCGCUCAUGGCUACGGUACUGUAACGCCGGUCACACGUUAUGUGCCAGUCCUUCUUGCGCAAUCUUACCCACGCGCCUUGUCGAGAUAGAUACAGUAGGCACCUCAUGUCGAUUGAAACUUAUGAACGAACCCGGUGAUCAAUAUGUGGCACUGAGUUAUACAUGGGGCACUUUUCAACCACCCUUACGCCUGACGAUGCAAUCACUUGACGCAUUUCGCAACAAUAUCCCAUUUGCGCUCAUGCCACGAGCCUUCCAAGACGUCCUUCGAUUUGUUCAAGCACUUGGGUUUCGCCAUGUCUGGAUUGACUCUUUGUGCAUUAUUCAAGACAAUGAAGAGGAUUGGUCAUCGGAAGUCUCCAAGAUGAUGGAAAUCUAUCAAAACGCUGCCCUGACAAUCUCACUGUCGGGAAGCCGAACACCGCACCAAAAUAUUCGGAGCGAACUGGAGAUCCGCAACGCCAUUACUAUGUCUUACACGUCCCUCUUCAACUCGCAAGUACCUGGUCACUAUCUUCUCUCACCAAGCCCGAGUGUCAACACAUUCCAGGGACCGUCGCUCCAGUUCUUCCACGACGUGGAUCCGUCGUAUUGGAACACUCGAGGGUGGACUUUCCAUGAAAAAUUGCUGUCCAGGAGGACGCUCUACUUUGGCACUCGGAAAAUGUACUUCACAUGCCAAGAGUCGCUCUUCAUGGAAGGGAGUGAUGUCUGCGAAGAACCGAACCGCUUGACAUAUCCAUCGCUGGCUAUUCACUGGUUCUGGUACCGCAUCAACAAGACUCGAAAUCCGGAUUCGCUAUUGGAGAAUUGGUUGACAAUGGCACAGGCCUACAGCACACGAAACCUGAGCUACAUCAGCGAUAAACUGCCAGCACUAUCGGCACUAGCUAAAGAGAUGCAGCAACGACUGGUCGAUAAUUGUGAUUUGACAACACGCUAUCUCUGUGGUAUCUGGGAUACUGAUUUGAUUCGCGGACUGGCCUGGUAUCCGGUCUCUGCAAACACCAGUGAAACGGACCAACUUUCAUCACAACUCAUAGUGAAACGCGACGAUCUUCCAUUAUCACUUCCGGGACCAUCGUGGGCGUGGACCAGCUACGACACCCCGGUUCGUUUCGCGCAUCUCAAUCUUCUUUCUCAUAGCAUCGAGAGCGAUACUAAACUCAGGCUCACCUCAUCAAACACGAAAGAACAUAUCAGCGACGCUUCCUCCAGCCCAAUGGCCUGCAUCUCUCUCCAGGUCUCCAGCCAGAUAGUCCCCCUCAACUUCUCCUACCUCGUGGACUCCACGGGCAACGCAAUGCAAAUCUCCUCCGAGAACAACACCGUCGAGUUCUCUCUCAACUGGACGACGUCAGAUUACGAUGCCGCAACAAACAAUCAAUUGGACGUCUACGCCCUUGCAAUCCAGUUUCAUCAUGUCGAGCGUUCAUUUUCCAAACCUUACAUCUCAGUGGGGCUUCUUGUUACGCCUGCUGGGCUGGGUCCAAAUGGCGUGAAGCAGUAUCGACGUAUUGGGCUGGUGUUUUGCAACAGUGAGAGGAAGAGCUCGGUGUUUGAUGGUGUGGAGGCGGAGACUGUGCUGCUUGUAUGAGUCUGUGGUGUUUUGACCUUCGCGCUGGAUGUAUUUCAUCAUUACAUUUCUCAAUUUCCCCGUGGAUGCAGCGAUACGGUCACGAGGAAUACUUGGUGACUCUAGAGACCAUUCAGUGAGCUUUAGCGAUGACAUUCGAACCUGGGUUUGUCCAACUUGGCAAUGCCAAAUCUUGCGGUUGGCAAACGUGUUCAAGGCGGACGAGCUCGGUUUGAGUUAUUGCAAGUUCUUGUGAUUGUAUUACUAUUUGACGCAUGUACAUUGCACACUGUAUAGUUAUGAUGGAUGUAACAAUGGCGAUGACUUAUGCGGCUUCUGUAUGAUGGCGAAGUGUCUGGAAAGACUAGACGAUGAAUUCGUCUCUCGAUACUUGGCCGGUAUAUCCUGGAACUGUGUACACUACUAUAUGGAAAAGCGACCAUGAGGAAAUGAAUACAAGCGGAGAUCUGUAGUAGUGCACCAGACCACAUACAGCU